AUCACGCCUCCUUAACAGCUGAUAAGGUACGUGAUCACCUCACCUCAGGUGACAGUUCUGAGGAAGGCAGAAGAUACACGGCCAAAGUGGUUAGACAAGAAGAUGAGUGGUCGUGUGGAGGAAGACGAGGACUCAGCAGAGUCUCCAGGACCCAGUUGUCUGUUUGUGAAGUCUAACCAGUCCAAAGGCGUCCCUCUGAACUUCAGUAAUGAACCUGGAGCCUCAGACACAAAACGUCAGAACCAGAGACGGAGACCAGAGUCUCCAGGACCCAGUGGUCUGUCUCUGAAGAGUGACAUGUCCAAAGAUCUACCCCCAACCUUCAGUCAUGAACCUGGAGCCUCAAACACAAAAAACCAGUUUGCUGUUUCUGUGGACGAGCAGACGUCCCGCUGUCCUCUGUGUCAGGACGUCCUGAAGGAUCUAGUCUCCACCAGCUGUGGUCACUGGUUCUGCAAACGCUGCAUCUCCUCAUACUGGGACCAGUCUUGUCCACCAGGAGACUCCUGCUGUCCCCAGUGUGGACAGAGACCCAGACCAGGACCAGCAGAUGUUCUUCUGCAGAAGGUUCUAGAUGAACAUAAGAUCAGUCUGAGGAGGAGAUUUGAACAUGUGACUGAAGGAACUGAAGGAACAGGAAGUAGAACCCUCCUGAACAGGAUCUUCACUAAGCUCUACAUCACAGAGGGACAGAGUGAAGAGGUCAAUACUCAACAUGAGGUGGUGCAGCUGGAGACGACCUCCAAGAAGAGGAUGGCCCAGGACACUCCCAUCAAGUGUUGCGACAUCUUUAAAGCCUUACCUGACCAGCAGGGGAGCAUCAGAGUCGUCCUGACCAACGGCGUCGCUGGUGUUGGAAAAACCUUCUCGGUGCAGAAGUUCUCUCUGGACUGGGCAGAGGGUUUGGAAAACCAGAAUGUGAAUCUGCUGAUCGUGCUCUCGUUCAGGGAGCUGAACCUGAUCAGCGAUCAGCAGCACAGUCUUCUCACGCUGCUCCAUGUUUUCUAUCCAACAUUAGAGAAGGUCAGAGCAGAGAAGCUCGCUGUCUGUAAACCUUUGUUCAUCUUUGACGGCCUGGAUGAAAGCAGACUCUCACUGGACUUCAGCAGCAGGACGCUGGUUUCUGACAUCACACACAGGUCAUCAGUCAACGUGCUGCUGACCAACCUCAUCCAGGGGAAUCUGCUUCCCUCGGCUCUCGUCUGGAUAACCUCUCGACCUGCAGCAGCCAAUCAGAUCCCUCCUACAUGUGUUGCCAGGGUAACAGAAGUACGAGGCUUCACUGACGACCAGAAGGACGAGUACUUCAGGAAGAGAUCCAGAACUGAAGAUCUGUCCAGCAGAAUCAUCUCACACAUCAAGACGUCCAGGAGCCUCCACAUCAUGUGUCAAGUCCCAGUCUUCUGCUGGAUCAGUGCUACAGUUCUGGAGCACAUGUUGACCACAGAGCAGAAAGGAGAGCUGCCCAAGACCCUGACCGACCUGUACUCACACUUCCUUCUGGUUCAGACAAAGAGGAAGAAGAACAAGUACGAUAAAGGACGUGAGACGAGUCCACGGGAGCUGACAGAGGCCGACAGGGACUUCGUUCUGAAGCUGGGGAGGCUGGCCUUUGAACAUCUGCAGAAAGGAGACAUCAUGUUCUACCAAAAAGACCUGGAGCGGUGUGGUCUAAGUGUGACAGAGGCCUCGGUGUACUCAGGAGUUUGUACAGAGAUCUUCAGAAGAGAGAGCGUGAUCUUCCAGAAAUCAGUCUACUGCUUUGUUCAUCUGAGCGUUCAGGAGUUUCUGGCUGCAGUCUACAUGUUCCACUGUUUCACCAACAAGAAGAAAAAGGUCCUGAAGACCUUCCUGAGGAAAUCUAAUUUUAUUAACAACCUCUCCUCAUUUUUUGGAACCGUUGCUGAGAGUGAAUUAUCUCUGGAUGUGUUCCUGAAAGCGGCCAUGGAGAAAUCCCUUCAAAGUGAAAAUGGUCACCUGGACCUGUUUGUUCGCUUCCUUCAUGGACUCUGUCUGGAGUCCAACCACAGACUCUUAGGCGGUCUGCUGGGUCAGACUCAGAACAGUCCAGAAAUCAUCCAGAGGGUCAUUGAGAACCUGAAGAAGAUGAACACAGAGAACAUCUCACCUGACAGAAGCAUCAACAUCUUCCACUGUCUGACAGAGAUGAACGAGCAAUCAGUGCAUCAGGAGAUCCAAGAGUUCAUGAAGUCAAAGAACAGAGAACAGGAACUCUCUGAGAUCCACUGCUCAGCUCUGGCCUACAUGCUGCAGAUGUCUGAGGAGGUUCUGGAUGAGUUGGACCUGAGCAAGUACAGAACAUCAGACCAGGGGAAACAGAGACUGAUUCCAGCUGUGAGGAACUGCAGGAUAGCUGAGUUGAGGGGCUGCAGUUUGACAGAGAUCAGCUGUUCUUCUCUGGCCUCAGCUCUGAAGUCUAACCCCUCCCACCUGAGAGACCUGGACCUGAGUGAGAACAAGCUGCAGAAUUCAGGAGUGAAGCUGCUGUGUUCUGGACUGGAGAGUCCACAUUGUAGACUGGAGACUCUGUGGUUGUGUGACUGCAGUUUGACAGAGAUCAGCUGUUCUUCUCUGGUCUCAGCUCUGAAGUCCAACCCCUCACACCUGAGAAAACUGAACCUGAGCUGGAACAAGCUGCAGGAUUCAGGAGUGAAGCUGCUGUGUUCUGGACUGGAGAGUCCACAUUGUAGACUGGAGACUCUGUGGUUGAGGGGCUGCAGUUUGACAGAGAUCAGCUGUUCUUCUCUGGUCUCAGCUCUGAAGUCCAACUCCUCCCACCUGAGAGACCUGGACCUAAGUAAGAACAAGCUGCAGGAUGCAGGAGUGAAGCUGCUGUGUUCUGGACUGGAGAGUCCACAUUGUAGACUGGAGACUCUGUGGUUGUGUCGCUGCAGGUUGACAGAGAUCAGCUGUUCUUCUCUGGUCUCAGCUCUCAAGUCCAACCCCUCACACCUGAGAGACCUGAACCUGAGUCUGAACCAGCUGCAGGAUUCAGCAGUGAAGCCUCUGUGUGAUCUUCAGAAGAGUCCAGACUACAGACUGGAGACUCUGAGGUGGAAGUCAUGAACGUGAUAAGUGUGUGUGCGUGCGCGUGUGUGUGUACAUCAGUUAAAUGUAUCUAUGUUGUCUACUGAUGAGUUUUUAAAUAAUGCUUUUGAAAUAUAUAGAAUGACUCAGCUCCUAUGAAACAAAUACAAAUACAAGAACACACACAUAUUCUUGUACGGUGUUCUUCUUGAGGACACCCAGAGACAUGAUAUUUUGUAAAAAAGACAAAUGCUAUCGCUGCUUUGAUGAUCGAAUGUAGUUUUCAAACUGAUAUGGCUGCAAGGGAAAAAACCUGCAUUUCAGUGAAAACGCAGGUUUUAAAGGAGGUGAGAGUCGACUUGUGAACAACAUGAGCUCGUCUCUCCUCGCUUCUCUCUGUGGACCCAGCCUACUGCAAGAGCCCAGAACCAGGUUACAAGUGUGCUUAUAUAGCUGACUGAUUACCUGAUUCUGUCCAGCUGUCUGAUCACCAGAUGAGCCACUCCUCCCUCUCCUCCAGCAGUCGCCGCUCUAACCAUAACCCACUGCCACAUACCCCCAUCGCCCGACUUAGGCCGCCAGCCCACUCCCCCCCCCUCCUUGGAGCAGGAGAGAAAGUCAGCCACGACCAUGCGGUUACCCGGCCUAUGGAUCACUUUGAACCGGAAGGGCUGUAACGCCAGAUACCAGCGAGUGAUCCGCACGUUGGCAUCUUUCAUGCGUGUAGCCAUUGGAGCGGGGCAUGGUCCGACGAGAGGGUGAAUGGGCGCCCCAGGAGGUAGUAGCGGAGGGCACCAACCGCCCACCGUAUGGCGAGGCACUCUUUUUCCACUGUACUGUAGUUCACCUCCCGCUGAGCCAGCUUCCAGCUAAUGUACAGUACGGGGCGGUCGACCCCCUCCACCUCCUGGGACAAAACGGCCCCCAGCCCGCUGUUCGAGGCAUCGGUCUGCAGGAUGAAAGGGAGAGAAAAGUUCGG